AUGUUAAGGAUUACGGGGUUUUUUCACUUCAUAGAUGCCUGGAGUGGAGAAACUGGGUAUAUUAAAAUCAUAGACGAUUAAAAAGAUAACUUUUAAUAUGUUUGGACAUAAAGCUAUGACAUUACAAAAGGAAAAAAUGGAAUUAAUAUAUGCGGUAGUGAAUAUGUUGAAGGUUAAUUGAGUGUAUAAUUCGAUUUUUCAAUACCACAUUUAAAAAAUGAUGUUAUUUUAGCCUUUGGGAGUACUUUGUAAGGGGAUCCCUUUGAAAAUUCAUUUGGAAUUUCUAAUUUAUAAAUAUGGGUUAGAUGA